AUGGAUCUUGUUAAAGAAAUAAAAAUGUACUGGCCUGACAUGGAAAUCGCUACAAACAAUUUAAAAACACCCACCACUUUUUUCAUAAUGGAUCUCUUCACGAGAUUUCUUAAGGAAGUUAAAAAAAUGGACCUUAUUUGUUGUAACUUGAACGAAGAAGUGGAAGAAAUUGAUGUGAUCGAAGACGAGAAAUCAAUAUACAUGAAGUUGAAGACUUUUCCUAUAUUCGAAAUGGUCGAUAUAAAUCUAAUGCUCAGCGACAUCAUAGCACCAAGUUCUAAACGCACGAAAGUCAUCACAAAAAUCAUUGUUAAUUUCUUGAACCUUUACCAAACUUGCCUGCCCGAUGUUCACGCAAGCAUCACACCUGCCUUAGAGGCCAUUGAUGAUUAUAACAAGAUUUGCAAUGAAAGAGAAGCGUUCGAGGAGGAAAUACCACAAUUGCAAGCUAGGAAAACAGAGUUAAUUAAUAACAAUGCGGUUUUAGUAGACAGUAUAAAAAAACUGGAGAAGAAAGAAGAGGAAGCUCAAAUUGUUCACAAUGAAUCGGAGGAGUAUAGAAAAACAUUGAAGUCCUUCGAAGAUGAAGUGGGGAAUAUUAAAAACUCCAACAUCGCUCUUGAAGAGGAAAUAGCUCACCUUUCAAGCGAAAUCGUACCUCCUGAAGAAUUCACUACUGCAAAAGUAUCACUUGAUAAACUAAAAGCCGAAGUGCAUAACAUGGAAGCAUAUGAAACUGGUUUGCAACAAGAAAUUAAAAAUAUCAUCAAGAUGCACGAUCAUGCAAUGGAGUGCACAUACAAUAUUCCCAACGAAAUUAACACAAUGACGCCCAAAUGGAGUUUAUUAAAAGAGCAAAGAGAAGAGCUGUGUAACCAAUUGGCUACUUUGAAAGACGAUUAUUCCGCAAUUAAAUCGUCCCACGACAAAGUAAUAGCAGAUAUGUUAAAUUGCGAGAAGAGCUUAGUGAAAUUGAAGCAAAACAUCACCACAACCAAGAAGAUUGUCGAAUUAAAAGCCAACAGUUUGAUGAAACUUCGAUUGGAGUCUAUUAAAACGAAUAAAGAAAAUAUGAGGAAGUUUUCCAUUAGAAUUGAGGAGCUGAAGCAGUCGAUUUCGAAAUUGGAAGAUGCAAAGGGGAAAUUUUUGGAAGAGUUCAAAAAGGAAUAUGAGGAAGCACUGAAAGAGAGAGAGCAGUUUUUUUGUAGUUUAAAUUUGAAGUAA